AUGGGUGAUACAUUACACCACAACAAAUCGCUCUCCACACUAAAUCUCGGAGGUAAUCAAAUCCAAGAUGUUGGUGCACAAUGUUUGAGUGACGCAUUACAAUACAACACAUCACUGACCACAUUAAAUCUCGGAAGUAAUGAAAUCCAAGAUAUUGGAGCCCAAUCUUUGGGUGAUGCAUUACGACACAACACGACACUCACCACACUCUAUCUCUGGAGCAAUGAAAUCGGAGAUAUUGGAGCACAAUUUCUGGGUGAUGCAUUACAACAAAACAAAUCACUCUCCACACUAAAUCUGGGAGAAAAUCAAAUUGGCGAUGUUGGAGCAGAUUUUUUGGCUAAUGCAUUACGGUACAACAAAUCACUCACCACAUUAAAUCUUGGAAGUAAUGAAAUCGAAGAUGUUGGAGCACAGUCUUUGGCUAAUGCAUUACAGCACAACACAACACUAACAACACUACACCUCAAACAAAAUAAAAUUCGAGAUAUUGGAGCACAAUCUCUGGGUGAUGCAUUACGACACAACACGACACUCACCACACUAAAUCUUUGGAACAAUAACAUCGGAAAUGUUGGAGCGCAAUUUUUGGGUGAUGCAUUACAACACAACAAAUCACUUACCACACUAAAUCUCGGAGGGAAUCAAAUCGGAGAUAUUGGAGCACAAUCUUUCGGUGAUGCAUUGCUAUACAACACGACACUCACGACGCUAAUGCUCUGGAAGAAUCUUAUCGGAGAUAUUGGAGCACAAUGUUUGAGUGAUGCGUUACGAUACAAUACAACACUCGUCGAACUUGGCCUCUGGAGUAAUACGAUCGGGCAGAGUGCGCUGGUUGAAAUCAGUCAGUUUGUUGAACGUAAUCAAAGAGGAGCAAAACCGUGA